AUGCUUCAGCUCCCAGUUGCAAGGAACCCCACUUAUGGUCAGCGGGUGUGUCAUCGAUCUGAAGAUAUUCUGCCAGAUAUCCAGCCGUGGCCUGGUCGGCGAUGGGAUUUGGUGCAAAGCAUUGCAGAGCUGACCUCCCACGGUUUUAGGUCACUGAGGUGUUCUCUUGCCACGGUGGCGGGGAAGAAGUCCUUGCGUGAAGAAGUGGUUGUUCGCUACCUGAGGAACUUGUCUGCUGGCAUCCGUGCGAACGUUGAGGCUGCAGGAAGUCGGGCAGACAAACCCGCGGCUGCUGGCAAGCGCGCCAAGCAGGCGUAUUCUGAGAGUGAGGAGGAAGUCUUUGAGGAAGAGACAGAAGAGGAGGAAGAGCCGGAGACCGUCCAUCGACCCUUGGGUGGAACUGGUGAUCGAAAGCCCCCUGAACCGAAAGGACCGCCGCCGGCAAAGAGACCUCCGGUUCCUGACCAGUCAGGAGACGUGCUGGUGGUAGACCUGGGCACAUCCUCGUAUCAAGCAAUGCCGCGGGUGUUGGGCUACUUCCUUGUCAUCGAGGUUCAGCUCAUCCCUGGUACAGGCACCUUGGCCGUGAGAUGCAAGAGCUUAGGCUCAUCAGACGCCAGUUUGAACAAGGACCUUUCAUCGAGGUUCAACCGGAGAGAAGGUUGGUUGCAUUUCUGCAGUUCAAAUCCUUGCAUAGAAGAGCAUGCAGGGGACAUUCACGUUGGCGAUGUUGUGUGGCACACCUUGUCGGGAGCCGAGGAUCAACUCACACCCGCUGCAGUCAGGUCUGCACGGAAGUGGUUGGCCGAGUCAGAGGAGGCACCGUGGACAGAGGACGCAGACCCGGUCGAGCCAGAGGCUGGCACUGCGCCUGGCCCGGCCAGACCGGAGGAGGAGUCAAGGGCUUCAGCUUUGAGGAGGACGUCAAAGGCCAUCGAGGUAGACGCCAGUCCGCCUACCCUUGGAGGAGCUCGGAAAGGGGGAGAAGAAGGUGGACUCAAGACCGACGAGGCGAAGGACAAGACCAAAGAGAAAGCCAGCGUUCGACGUGCUCCCAAUCGAGCACCUUCUGGAGGACAGAAACCAUCGUCAGCCAAGCAGGUCAAAGGCAAAGGAGUUGGCAAUGGGGCACCGUCGGCUCCAGCCUUGCCACCAGACAAGCUGCAAAAGCUUCGGGAAGAUCUCCAACGGUCGAAGGCCAAGUUGGCAGGCGGUGGACCUCCAGAACCUCCGCCCGACAAUUCAUCAGCGGACGACGGGGAAGGUUCAGAGUCGGACUCGAACGACUACUCGGCAUCCGGCAGCUCAGAGUCUGUGGAGGAGACAGCUUUGGGAGCCGGGACGCUGAUGAAUCAGCCCACGAAGGUGAGUCAGAGGGCGAGUUCACAGAAGGCUAUAAGCGCUGGUACUUCAGAGGGCUUUCACGAACAGCUCAUCAGGAGGGCAGCUGGCAAUCGGCCGCAAACUCCCUCGGGGCAUCACAAGGAGGACAACGACAAGAUGGCUACGAGAUCGUCGGACAAGAAGCGCAAGAAGGAGAAAUCAGGAGGAGAGAGCAUUGGAAGCGCCACUCAAGAAGAAAUCGCUCAAACAGCCUGGGUCGGUUCUGAGCAUGCUGCUGGAGCAUAUCUCCGCGCAGCUGCAACAGAAUGCAGAGGUGGACACGCCGGCAAUGCGCCAUGGCGACCUAACUUCAAGGUGAUGACCUACCUCUCGCUGAUCAUCAAGCCGCAGUUUCCUCAUCGCCCCAAGGAGAUGAGAGAGUUGCAUAUGCUAGCUUCGACCAUCGACCUUCUUCGGCAGGGGCAAUUGGCGAAGCUUGGGGAUGUGUUAGCGGGGCGAUUGGUGGCAAUUCAUCAGAGCCUGCUGGACGCUUCAUGGGUGUCAGCUCGGCACUUGGAAGUACUCCCGAUGCCGGAGGGAGCAGCUCUAGGAGACGGAGUCCUUCUGGCAGCGAGGAAGCAUGGCCGGCAGGUCACGAAGGCCCAGGAUGUCAACGCCUAUUGGCCGACAGGCAAGGGCAGAGGAAAAGGAAGCUGGUGGAAAGGACAGGAAGGAGAAAACGAUUGCAGACAAGUGACCAGGGAUGGCUAUGAGGUCCAGCCGGUUUCGACCGAUGCUGAACCGCCAUUACAGAGGAUGAGUGUUGGAGAGAAAGGGUUGGAGAUCUUUGCUGAGGGCCUUGCAAACGUCAGCACGAUCGCACAGGCUGGUUGUUUCGCGGCCUGGCUCAUUGCCCAUGCAGAGGGUGCAACCCAGAGUGAACUUUCAAUUGUGGUGAGAAAGGUGGUAUUUGAACACUGCUGGAAGCCACAAAUCAUCCCCAAGAAAGGGAUGAUUUUUCCAAUGCGUGCGGGUGAACUCGAGGGCUUUGUGAGGAGUUUAAGGCAUUGUUCACUGGAGCAGGCACUGGACCCCACCUUUGCAGAGAGCUGGAAACUACAGGCAUGGCAGCUGUGUGCGAGAGUGGGGCUCAAUGCCGUCAGUGGGAGCCUACAGCCGCUGGCUGAAGGAAGGCUUAACGCCAUCCAGAAUCGUGCCGCGGCCUCCCUGACGAAGUCUUGCGGGAGACUCCUUGAACUCAAAGGAGUCCAUCCUUGCACCGCUGACUCCGUCGAAGACGAGCUAAAAGGAAAGCGGCUCUCUUACACGGGUGAGGAGGUCAGUACUUGUCACCCGUUAACCCUUGACCAGGUUCUCCCAGGUUUGCCGCCGGCAGGGCACGGAGGUUCGGUCGAUGCGUUGAGCUUGCUUUCUUCAGGUACUUCAAGGGACAGGCCUUGGUGGCACGUGUACCUUGACAACUUUUGCGCCGGCCAGAAGGUCAUGGCGGGUGAGCACGCCCAAGCAGGACAGGCCCUUCACAAUUGCAUUGAAGAUGCAUGGGCUGGGUCAGGCUUGGUGUCGUCAGAAAAGAAAAGGGUAUCAAACGCAUCACGAGUGCAAGAACUUGGUGCCUGGCUUGAUGGCGACAACCAAAUGAUCUCGGUCUCGGGAGAGCGCAUGUUGAAGUUGCGAGCUCAUGCUAGAAGGGGCAUAGUGCUUCGAGACGCUAUCGUCAAGCCUAGAACUUUGCAGCAAGACUAUCAGUUUGGGAGAAAGCUACUUCCUUUGUUCCGGAAGGCUACGACUGAAGAAGACUUGGAUAAUAGCAUUUGCAAUUGGAUUGAACAGGCAUGGGCCAAGGGUCGUCCCCUGUAUCAUAUUUCCACUGCAUUGUGUGGUGUUCAAUUCUUCUGUCCUGGUAUUCGCGGCAAAAUUCCAGAAUCGUGGAGGCUCUUUAAAGUCUGGCGGCGAUUGGAAGUUCCAUGCCGAGCGCCCCCUAUGGCACAGGAGAUUGUUUUUGCCAUCGCUGGCCUGGCCAUUCACCGUGGAGAUCUGAUUUUUGGUGCACUCAUACUUGCUGCCUUUGAAGGCUUGCUUAGGACUGGUGAAAUGUUGAACCUUUGUGGGUCAGAUCUCUUAAUCAGAAAUGGACAGGGCCUCAUCCGCUUGGCAAACACAAAGACUUCAGGACGGAAGGGGGUUACUGAGGUUGUGUCGCUUCAGCAUCCUUGGGUCCUCUUGGUGCUUCAGACGCUUUUAGAAUAUCUGCAGGAAAAGAACUUGAAGUUUCUGACCCCUCGCAACGGGGAUGAAGGCCAACUUGAUUCUCGCUGUGAACCCAAUUUGAGCUGUGGUGUUCAGCCAGACUAUCAAGUGUCGAGUGCUGCUUAG